ACUUUUGGGCUUGGGAAAGAAUUAAAGCUAAGCCGUUGGUCACUAGUCCCAAAGCUAUUGCACACAAAAAGAGUGGGAAGUGAAGGAGAACAGCAGAUCAAUGAAAUGGCAAAUGCUGAAGCUUCAUUGCUUUCCCUUGCAACAAGCAAAUCUGACAUCAAGCAAAUUGAGAAUGUUCAAAAGGAACUGCAAAAAUCAGAGUCUUGCAUUCAAGACUUUGAAGAAGGGCUUGAAGGCCUGUUUAGGAGCCUGAUCAAAGUCAAGAGUCAAUAUUCUCAACAUACUCAACCAUUAGCUAGCCUCAAAUAUCAUGUGAAUUCAUCUGUACAUUAAAUGCAAUACAAAUGUAAUUAUUCUUAUGUCAUAGAAAAAUAUACUUCGGAAAAUUUAGCUUCUAUUGCAUAUUCUUCUUUUUCAUUUUCCUUUUUGGUUCUUUUUUGUCCUUUGAAAAUCUCUCAAGUCAACCCUCAAUUUCAUUGCAAUGAACUUGUGACUCCAUGAGUAAGAUCACGAAAAUUAUCUGAUAGGAUAUUACAAAUUUUCCAUUGUAGUCUCUUGGACUUACUUGGGAAAGAGCCUAUUAUGCCUUUUAUUUUAUCAAAAUAAAAGCUCUCAAGAUUCCAAUUGUCCUAAUGAGAACAAUUGAACACUUACAAAUACAAAUAUCGGCACAUGAUAUUGUUAGCCCUAUGCUGUUGUACAGAUUGCAAAACCAAGCAUAAGGAUCUUGCCUGGCUCUUGCACGACAAUAUUAUCUGUACCAUUUGCAUUUGAUUGAUUAAUCAGUUAGCCCUUUAAUUAGAAGAAAUAAUAGCGUGACCUUCUUCUUGCACAUGUUAAUUUGAGCUAGGAGCAGGAAUUAGAAGCAUGUGGCCAUUAAGCACAUCAGAAGCAGUGUUCUUCUUCACCCCAUUGUUUAUGGUUGCACAAAAUAUCAAUUGCUGAUUUAACUAAUGAUCUUGCAAAUCUUGUCUGCCUCCUGCACAACAAAAAAUUGUGGGACUCACAUAUUUAUUGUAAUUAUCUAUCCAAAACUUAAUAAACUUAAUCAAAUUAACUGCAUAGAUGUGUUCAUGCUAACAAAAAUGCCGACAUGAUCAACCAAUUAUAACAAGAUAUAUUACUUUCAUAGAUGGGAGCACACAAGUGAUGCAGAAACCAUGUCUCCAAGGGGUUAUGCAGAGCAAUAAAUUAGUCCUGAUGGCAGAAUGCAGAAGAAAAAAUGGCCACUAUGGCACUGGAAAGAAUAUUAAAACUGCUCGCAUAUUAUUAAGUAUUAUCUUAGCUCAACAUAAUUGUGAUUUUACUAAUUAAAACAAUUAUGAAAUGAGUUGUAAAGCUGGUGGAGAGGAGACAAUGCAAGAACACCUCUAAUAUAAUUGGUAAGAUUGGUAUCAAGUCCAUGUUACCUCUAAUUGCCAUUUGAAAGGAUGAGAUUCUUCAUUUCUCUCUCAUCCCAUAAUAUAUAUUGAGCAGAUGAAGAAGGGAUGAAAGCAGACUGCUCGAUUGAAUUGAGAACACAACUGCUAAAUUUUCUCUGUAGAAGAAAUAAUGGCAACCAAUCCUUCUAACAUCCAAACCUGUUACCAUGUUCGUUCCAACAGCUUGCCCUCUAGAUCACUCCCAUUAACUUCAGAGGUUGAUGAGAAUUUGAGCAAAUUGAGGGCUUCUGAAGCUGCCUCUACAUUCUCAUCCCUAAGCCACAAACUCAAUGGUCUACAAGAUUUGCAUGACUGCAUUGAUAGAUUGCUUCAAUUGCCCCUCACUCAACAAGCUUUAGCCAAGGAGCAACAGAGGAAAUAUGUUGAUGAGUUGUUGGGCGGAUCUCUUAGGCUCUUGGACAUGUGCAGCACUGCCAAGGAUGCCCUGUCUCAAACAGAGGAGCGCACACAAGAACUUCAAUCAAUUUUGCGUAGAAGACAAGGAGUUGAAACAGGGCUUACAAUCGAGGUUAAAAAAUACUUUAACUCUAGGAAAGCUGUGAAAAAGGCAAUCAGAAAGGGCUUAACGAAUUUGAAGCAUGUGGAAAAUAAACAUGAUACUUCUUCCUCUAGCAAAGGCAGUGAGAUCGGAGCUACUUUCAGCAUCUUUAGAGAAGUGCAAGGUGCAACUAGAAGUGUUCUAGAGUCCUUGUUGUCUUUUAUCCACGGACCUGAGAUAGAGAUGAAAUCAAGCCGCUGGUCACUAGCUUCAAAGCUAAUGAAUACCAAAAGAGUGAGGUGUGAGAAAGAAGAACUACAUACAAAUGCAAUUUCCAACGCUGAAGCUACGCUGAUUCCCCUUGCCAGUCGCAAGAUAAGCAAAUCUGACAAUUACAUGCAUAUUGAGAAUGCUCAACAAGAGCUGCAAAAAUCAGAAAUGUGCAUUCAAGAUUUUGAAGAAGCUCUUGAGUGCCUCGUUAGACGUUUGAUCAAAGCCAGAGUUACUACUCUCAGCUUCCUCAACCACUAGAGCCUCAAUUAUGAUGAGGAGGUCUGAAUUGUAUGUUGAUGUAACAUACAUGUAAUACUCUUACAUAGAGAAAAUCAGAAAAAUAUACUUUACAGCACAAAGUUUGCAUCUACUAGUCUCUUGUUUCUUUCCUGGGAGGAGGUUCAAAACCCAAAUCAAAUCUCAGCCCUCACUUUCACA